CCUCCACCGCCAUUGCAGGUCUAACAGGGAGUCAGUGGCAGUCAGUUUGUUAGCCAGGGGAAGAAGAAGCCCGACAGUAAACAGUUUAAGGGACGAAUAAAACAUCACACCGACACCACAUUUAAGGCUUUAGACUUUAAUUAAUUUGUUCUUUAGACUAGAAACCCCCCUGGCUGUCCGGCUAGAGUCAGAGAGAAGAAGAAGAAGCUAGUUAGCGUUAGUAGAAACCGGAGGAGAGAGCGAGAGGAACCGCCAUGGCUCAGAUACUGCCGAUCCGCUUUCAGGAGCACCUGCAGCUCCAAAACUUAGGGAUCAAUCCGGCCAACAUAGGCUUCAGCACCCUAACCAUGGAGUCGGAUAAGUUCAUCUGUAUCCGGGAGAAGGUGGGCGAGCAGACUCAGGUGGUGAUCAUUGACAUGGCAGACCCCAAUACCCCUAUCCGCAGGCCCAUCUCCGCCGACAGCGCCAUCAUGAAUCCAGCCAGCAAAGUCAUUGCACUUAAAGACGCCUCUAAAACCCUUCAGAUCUUCAACAUCGAGAUGAAGAGCAAGAUGAAGGCACACACCAUGACGGACGACGUUACCUUCUGGAAGUGGAUCUCCCUUAACACAGUUGCGCUUGUGACUGACAAUGCCGUCUACCACUGGAGCAUGGAGGGUGACUCACAGCCUGUGAAAGUCUUCGACCGUCACUCCAGCCUGGCAGGAUGCCAGAUCAUCAACUACCGCACUGACGCCAAGCAGAAGUGGCUCCUGCUCAUCGGCAUCUCAGCCCAGCAAAAUCGGGUGGUUGGAGCCAUGCAGCUGUACUCUGUUGACAGAAAGGUUUCUCAGCCCAUUGAAGGCCAUGCUGCCAGCUUCGCCCAGUUCAAGAUGGAGGGGAAUACAGAGGAGUCGACUUUGUUCUGCUUUGCUGUCAGAGGACAGGCUGGAGGGAAGUUGCAUAUCAUUGAAGUGGGGACCCCACCAACUGGCAACCAGCCAUUUCCAAAGAAAGCAGUGGAUGUGUUCUUCCCUCCAGAAGCCCAGAACGACUUCCCUGUGGCCAUGCAGAUAAGCUCCAAGCAAGAUGUGGUUUUCCUUAUUACCAAAUAUGGCUACAUUCACUUGUAUGACUUGGAGACGGGCACCUGCAUCUACAUGAACCGCAUCAGUGGAGAGACCAUCUUUGUUACGGCUCCACAUGAGGCCACCGCAGGCAUCAUCGGGGUCAACAGGAAGGGACAGGUGCUGUCAGUCUGUGUGGAAGAGGAAAACAUCAUCCCCUACAUCACUAACGUGCUCCAGAAUCCCGAUCUGGCUCUCCGCUUAGCUGUCCGCAACAACCUCGCCGGUGGCGAAGAGCUCUUUGCACGCAAGUUCAACAACCUGUUUGCUGCCGGCAACUACUCCGAGGCUGCCAAGGUUGCUGCCAAUGCACCAAAGGGCAUCCUGCGAACCCCAGACACCAUCCGCCGCUUCCAGAGCGUUCCUACUCAGCCAGGCCAGACCUCCCCCUUGCUGCAGUACUUUGGUAUCCUGUUGGACCAGGGCCAGCUCAACAAGUUUGAGUCCCUCGAGCUGUGCAGGCCCGUCCUCCAGCAGGGACGAAAGCAGCUUCUGGAGAAGUGGCUGAAGGAAGACAAGUUGGAGUGUUCGGAGGAACUGGGUGACCUGGUGAAGGCGGUGGAUCCCACCUUAGCUCUCAGUGUCUACCUGAGGGCCAACGUCCCCAACAAAGUCAUCCAGUGCUUCGCGGAGACUGGCCAGUUCCCUAAGAUCGUCCUGUACGCCAAGAAGGUGGGCUACACUCCAGACUGGAUCUUUCUGCUCAGGAAUGUGAUGCGGAUCAACCCAGAACAAGGCCUGCAGUUUGCCCAGAUGCUGGUCCAGGAUGAAGAGCCGCUGGCUGACAUCACACAGAUUGUGGAUGUAUUCAUGGAGUACAACCUGAUCCAGCAGUGCACCUCAUUCCUCCUGGACGCUCUGAAGAACAACAGACCCUCAGAAGGACCACUGCAGACUCGCCUGCUGGAGAUGAACCUCAUGCAUGCUCCACAGGUUGCUGACGCUAUCCUGGGCAACCAGAUGUUCACCAACUACGACCGUCCCCACAUCGCCCAGCUGUGUGAGAAAGCUGGACUCCUGCAAAGGGCGCUGGAGCACUACACCGACCUGUAUGACAUCAAGCGCGCUGUGGUGCACACACACCUGCUCAACCCAGAGUGGCUGGUGAACUUCUUUGGCUCGCUGUCGGUGGAGGACUCUCUGGAGUGCCUCAGGGCCAUGCUGUCAGCCAACAUCCGCCAGAACCUGCAGAUCUGUGUCCAGGUGGCUUCCAAGUACCAUGAGCAGCUCACCACGCAGUCUCUCACUGAGCUCUUCGAGUCCUUCAAGAGCUUUGAAGGUCUGUUCUACUUCCUGGGCUCUAUUGUGAACUUCAGUCAGGACCCUGAAGUUCACUUCAAAUACAUCCAGGCCGCUUGCAAGACGGGCCAGAUCAAAGAGGUGGAGAGGAUCUGCAGAGAGAGCAACUGCUACGACCCGGAGCGCGUCAAGAACUUCCUCAAGGAAGCCAAACUCACCGACCAGCUUCCCCUCAUCAUCGUCUGUGACCGCUUUGACUUUGUCCAUGACCUGGUCCUCUACCUGUACCGCAACAACCUGCAGAAGUACAUUGAGAUCUAUGUUCAGAAGGUGAAUCCUAGCCGUCUGCCUGUUGUGGUCGGUGGUCUCUUGGACGUGGACUGCUCAGAGGAUGUCAUCAAGAGCCUGAUCCUGGUCGUCAGGGGACAGUUCUCUACUGAUGAACUGGUCGCUGAGGUGGAAAAGAGGAACAGACUGAAGCUGCUGCUGCCCUGGCUGGAGUCUCGCAUCCACGAAGGCUGCGAGGAGCCUGCCACCCAUAACGCUCUGGCCAAGAUCUACAUCGACAGCAACAACAACCCUGAACGCUUCCUGAGGGAAAACCCAUUCUACGACAGCCGCGUGGUGGGAAAGUACUGUGAGAAGAGAGACCCCCACCUGGCCUGUGUGGCCUACGAGAGAGGACAGUGUGACCAGGAGCUGAUCAAUGUCUGCAAUGAGAACUCCCUGUUCAAGAGCUUGUCUCGCUACCUGGUCCGCCGCAAAGACCCUGACCUGUGGGCCAGCGUGCUGCUGGAGAGCAACCCCUUCAGACGACCACUCAUUGACCAGGUGGUGCAGACAGCACUGUCAGAAACCCAGGACCCAGAAGAGGUGUCAGUCACAGUCAAGGCCUUCAUGACCGCAGACUUGCCCAACGAGCUCAUUGAACUGCUGGAGAAGAUCGUGUUGGACAACUCCGUCUUCAGUGAACACAGAAAUCUGCAGAACCUGCUGAUCCUAACCGCGAUCAAAGCCGACCGCACCCGUGUGAUGGAGUACAUCAGCAGGCUAGACAACUAUGAUGCUCCCGAUAUCGCUAACAUCGCCAUCAGCAAUGAGCUCUUCGAAGAGGCCUUUGCCAUCUUCAAGAAGUUUGACGUCAACACCUCUGCUGUGCAGGUGCUGAUCGAACAUAUUGGCAACCUGGACCGGGCCUAUGAGUUUGCAGAACGCUGCAAUGAGCCGGCUGUGUGGAGCCAGCUGGCUAAAGCUCAGCUACAGAAGGACUUGGUCAAAGAGGCCAUCGACUCCUACAUCAAAGCCGACGAUCCCUCUGCAUACAUGGAGGUGGUACAGGCUGCUGAUAAGAGCGGGAACUGGGAGGACUUGGUCAAAUUCCUUCAGAUGGCUCGUAAGAAGGCCCGCGAGUCCUACGUGGAGACAGAGCUCAUCUUCGCUUUGGCCAAAACCAACCGCCUGGCUGAACUGGAAGAGUUCAUCAACGGACCCAACAAUGCUCACAUCCAACAGGUUGGUGACCGCUGCUACGAUGAGAAAAUGUAUGACGCUGCUAAGCUGCUAUACAACAACGUCUCCAACUUUGGUCGUCUGGCUUCAACUCUGGUGCACCUCGGGGAGUACCAGGCUGCUGUGGACGGCGCCCGUAAGGCCAACAGCACCCGCACCUGGAAAGAGGUGUGCUUCGCCUGCGUGGACGGAAAGGAGUUCAGACUGGCCCAGAUGUGCGGUCUCCACAUCGUGGUGCACGCUGACGAGCUGGAGGAGCUGAUCAACUACUACCAAGACCGCGGUUACUUUGAGGAGCUGAUCACCAUGCUGGAGGCCGCCCUGGGCCUGGAGCGCGCUCACAUGGGGAUGUUCACGGAGCUGGCCAUCCUUUACUCCAAGUUCAAGCCCCAGAAGAUGAGGGAGCACCUGGAGCUCUUCUGGUCCAGAGUCAACAUCCCGAAGGUCCUGAGAGCAGCGGAGCAGGCUCACCUGUGGGCCGAGCUGGUCUUCCUGUACGACAAGUACGAGGAGUUCGACAACGCCAUCAUCACCAUGAUGAGCCACCCGACAGACGCCUGGAAGGAGGGACAGUUCAAAGACAUAAUCACAAAGGUGGCCAACGUGGAGCUGUACUACAAAGCCACUCAGUUCUAUCUGGAGUUCAAGCCCUUGUUACUGAAUGAUUUGCUCAUAGUGCUUUCCCCCAGACUGGACCACUCCCGCGCUGUCAACUACUUCAGCAAGGUGAAACAGCUGCCUCUGGUCAAACCCUACCUGCGGUCAGUACAGAACCACAACAACAAAUCAGUCAAUGAAGCACUUAACAACCUCUUCAUCACAGAGGAGGACUAUCAGGCACUGAGGACAUCAAUAGAUGCCUACGACAACUUUGACAACAUCUCGCUGGCCCAGCGUUUGGAGAAGCACGAGCUGAUUGAGUUCAGGAGAAUCGCUGCUUACCUCUUCAAGGGCAACAACCGCUGGAAACAGAGCGUGGAACUCUGCAAGAAGGACAAGCUCUAUAAGGACGCCAUGCAGUAUGCGUCAGAGUCCAAGGACAUAGAGCUGGCAGAGGAGCUGCUCUCCUGGUUCCUACAGGAGGACAAGAGGGAGUGUUUCGCCGCCUGCCUGUUCACCUGCUACGACCUGCUGCGGCCCGACGUGGUGCUGGAGACCGCCUGGAGGCACAACAUCAUGGACUUUUCUAUGCCAUACUUCAUUCAGGUCAUGAGGGAGUACCUCAGCAAGGUUGAUGCAGUUAAGGAACAGGUGAAAGCUAAAUGCUCUGUUUUUGAUCUCAAAGUAUUUAGCUCGGAAGACUGCGGCCUCGAGUGUGCAUGGUUUUAGCUACACGCUCACUUUGACACAGUCACUGAGACAUCUUUCAAGCUGAAAUGAUAGUUUUUUGGAGAAGUUUCUAGAUAUGUAGUCUCUAAUAAAAGUCUGAGGAAAUUGAAUUGUAGCCGUUAAGAAUACAGGAUUGGAGAUUUCAUAUUCACUACGUUGACAUGAGACACAUUGUGGCAUUUGGCGUUAACCUGCUUGCAGAAUCAUCAGUUAUCAGAAAGAAAAAAUCAGGUGAUAUUGUAUAUAAUAAGUGAAAUGAUGGCCAUCUAAACUAAAGGAACAGACCUGUAAACCUCAACAUGUUAAUCUAGUCAGAAACACAUGCAAAUCAAAUUGGCUUCAGGACAGGAUAGUAAAUUAGUUGGGGAUAAGAUAUCAGUUUUUAAAAGACAUAAAUACUACUACAUGCUGCAAUCUCUGAGUGAGAAUUGCUUGUAACCCAGCUAACUAUGUAUAUUGUGUUAGCUUUAAUAAUGUUUGGAAGUCUUUUUUUACCUUCUGAAUCAUUUUUUGCCACUGGUGUGCAAACAGUGGGGAAGCUUCAACAAGUAUAAUAAAUUCUCUGCCACUUCACUUAAAGCGCAUUUCCUCACAGAUAUUAACACACUGCACAAUAUGAAGCUGUAUAUUUUUUUAAAAGGAUGUGUUUCGAUGUGUUAGCCGGCUAUAGGAAUAAAGCAUGCGUGCAAACGUCUCUUGCUGAUAACGUAGCAGCAGGCUGUUGGUUGUGCCUGGCUUCCUGUAGAAAGCCUUGAGCUCUAGGGAGCACCUGGUCUGAGACUCCCCCCCCCUGCUCCCUCCUCCCCAAACUGCAUCACAGUGCUGCAGCCUCUUACUCACUGCCAGCGGUGUAACACAUAGAGCAUGAGACUGUUUCUCUUUAUAGAGUUCUUAAUUUAAAGGGAUGGUUCGGGCGUUUUGAAGUGGGUUUGUAUAAGGUACUUAUCCAUAGUCAGUGGAUACAGAAGAUGGCAGUCGGCACAGCCACAGUUUGGAGAAGCAGACAGGAGUUACCACACAGGAGCAAAGCAAUGUACUGCUGUGGACGGGGGCAGCAGCAAAACGUAUUUUAGCCGACUGUCAUCUACUGUAGGUAAUACACUGACUAUGGAUUAGUACCUCAUACAACCCCACUGAGAAACACCCGAACUAUCCCUUUAAAGAGCUACUGUUUUCUGAAGAGGCAUGGGGAAACUGAAUGAUAAAUGCAUAUAUACAAGAUUUGGAAGUGCACUGCUGAGCAAGCCCUUAUUAUAACUCCACAAAUAACCUGCAUCCAGGUGCUGCUGCUUCACCCUCCCCAAGGACCUGAUAUGUACAUUUUGCUUAUUGCUGCAUCUGACUUGCUGCCUGUUCUUGUUUUUUUUUGUAUUGUAUUUAUUUAAAGAUUUGGCUGCUUUUAUUGUUACUCUCAGACAGGCCACCCAGACAGUUAGAACAGAGGAAAAGACAUUUAUUAGUUCAACUUGUUUUUUCUCUCUCUUAUUUAUCCAUGUUAUUUAGCGUUAAUAGUUAGACUUCUACUGCUAGUAGUCGAACUUAUGUUCAAUACACACUGUAGAAAUCUCUGCAUACUGUAUGUAUAAAGUGUUAAAAAAUACAGUGUGUAACAAUUAGGGGGAUCUAUUGGCAGAAAUGGAAUAUAAAAUGAAUACGUAGGUUUCUUUAGUGUAUAAUCACAUGAAAAUAAGAAUCGUGUUUUUGUUACCUUAGAAUGAGCCGUUUAUAUCUACACAGAGAGCGGGUCCCUCUCCACGGAGCCCGCCAUGUUGCACCGCCAUGUUUCAACAGUAGCCCAGAACGGACAAACCAAACUCUGUUAACUUUUCCUGCUUGGGCCGGAGUCGAUAACGUCACUCGCUCCCGUCGCCACCGCUCUCUCUCGCUUCACCACUCACUUCCCACAUGCACUCUACUUCUCUAUAGGGGGCCAUUCGCAUUUUCGAGUCGGCCACCGUAGCUCUCCAACACACUUGGCACAUGGGAGAGGCUUCAGUUGGUUGUAAUCUCCUCACCUCACUGUUAGAUACUGCCAGAUCCUACACUCUGGACCUUUUAAGCAAAUAGCACUGGUUCAAUCACAUGAAAUUGUCUUGUUCCUGACAGUCGGGUUUAGUUUUUUUUCUUGCUACUGCGUUGAAAUCUGCUUCAGCGUGGCAGCCCACAUGAGCAUCUCUUCUCAGAAAAAUCAUCACAGCUUAGUUAACAAAUAUAUAUAUGUUUUGGGGGGUUUUCAAUUUGUUUAGUAUGUUGUUUACUCAUUCUGUGUUGUGGCUUUGCUCUAAAUGCU